UUGGGUACUGGAGGGGGACUGGGACUGACUAUUUGGUUGCCUGUUAGUGGUUCUAGGACAGUGAAGGAGAGCGGGUGUGUGCGCGGCUGCCUUGCGUGUUUCUCUUCAAUUGACGUCGCUUCUCUUCGUGUCAGUCCAAGCCAAGGAAUCCACCCACCAACAUGACCUUACUCAAGAGGUGUUGCUGCUGCUGGGACCUGCGCGGCGGGUCAUUGGCGGUGGGCGUCAUCUCCUUCCUGCUGAUCGGCGUGGGUGAGAUCAUCGUCGCCAUCUACUGCCUCCUCAACAUCGACGAAACGCGCAAGAGACUCAAGUUCGACAAUGCAGUCACCUUCGGCAUCGUUGACCCCGACUCGGAUGCUGCCGCCUACAUCUUCUUCGGGAUCUUAGUGCUGGUGGCGGUCAUCUAUAUCAUAUGUUCGCUGCUCCUUAUACACGGCGUCCGCACAAAGCGACGGUUCCUGCUGCUGCCGUGGGUUUUCUUCACUUUCCUCAAUAUGGUCAUGGCCUUCUCGGGCGGCAUCCUCGCCCUCAUCAACUCCCACGGCUACGCGCUGCCCAUCAUCGUCGGCUGCAUCGUCCUCACCAUCAGCAUCACCUGGAUAUACUUCACCUGCGUCGUCUUCAGCUUCUUCCAGGCUCUGCAGGAUGGUGACUACUGGUGAUCGCCCUCGCCUCCUCCUCCUCCUCCACAAUCUCCUCCUCCUCGUCCUCCUCCUACUCCCUCUCCCGAUCUCCUCUUUUCCAUCUCUCUUUCGUUGCUGUGUGUGUUUUCUUUGCCAUGCUAAUAUCGUGUAUGCACUCUCUGGUUUUCCUUCUUUCGUUUUCUGUUCCUCUUCCAAGCUUUGCAGGAUGGGAAUUAAUGGUGAUCUUUAUCCCUCUGUGUCACCCCCGUUCUCUUCUUUUCUAUCUGUCUUUGACUGUCUGACUUUCUUUCCCUUGCUAUAUAAUAACCUGUCCAUACAGUCUCGCGUACCUGCUGGAUGGAAAUUAUUAGUGAUCAUCCUUAUCCCUAUUUUUCUCUCUCCCUUUAUUUUUUUGUUUUAUUCAUUUCGUUGUCUUACCCACUCCUAUCCACGUUACCUCUUCCUCACCCACCUAUCCCAUCCCUCGUCCACCUUCUGUCCUCGCCUCGCCUCCUUCACCCGUCACCCACCGCCUAAAAGAGCUGUUAGUCACCCUUCAGGCAGUUUUCAGAUCUAGACAAAGUAUUUUUAUCGUGGCUUGUGUUAUCCACGUCUCCAUCCUUUGGCCUUAUCACCUGAUACAUAACGUUGACCAAAAGGUGUGAGAAUAUUGUAAUAUCUUCGAGUGUGUUUUGCAUUUCCUCAAACCAGCCCACCUAUGAAUACUAGUAUGCAUAUCAUCUGUAUGUAGUUUCUUACCGUAGACUGUGAACGCAGAUCUAUAGUAAAACAGCUUAGAGUAUAUAACGUUUACACAGACGGACUCUAUUUUGCACACGUAUAGAAUAUGUAUCACUCCUGUCCAGUAUUUUAUUCCUCGUUGAUGUAUAUUGCUAGUCAUAUUCUCAGACGCUCUCGGCUCUCACAACAACUAUUUCCAAAGGCCACGAUGGAGAUUAGUCAGGUUCUUUUGAGUGUUUGAUCAAGUUCAUGGUGUAGAAACCUUAUCAAAAUACCACUUGGCUCAUAAAACUAGCCAUGGAAAUACCCACAACCUCUAUGAAAGCCUUAUCAGAUGUGGGUGUGUGAGCCCCGAAAUGUUUGAGGAUAUGGACUAAAGACGCAAAAGAGGGAGAUGGUAAGAGGGAGCAACUCGUAAGACAGGAGCGAUUGUACACCCUUCUGCUGGAUGACAAGUGUUAGGUGAGAGGCGGAAGAUAAGGAAGCGUCAAGCACUUUAGUGAUAAGCGGUUUGAGAAGAACAGUAAUGGUGGUUGUUACUAGAUAAGGAAGAGAUAAUGUGCUACAGAAGUAUUGAAGGGAACAGCGCUAAGGCUAACGAGAGGGGAAAAUAAAGUGUCAGGAAAUAUAGCUAAGAAAAUUUAAUGUGAAUCCUUGUUACUCGAUGAAGGUCAGGUUAUAUACUCUUGAAGUACAAUGUCGGAGGGAAAUGCUAAUAAAUGCUAAUAAUGAACGGGAAGUAAUUAAAAGGAUGAGAAGGAAAAGAAAUGUAAAGUUUGGAAAUAAUAAAAAGGAAAAAGUAAGGUAAACGUUAAGAAUGAGAAGUUUGAAAAUGAAGUAUUGUAAAGAACGUAAAUAAUGAGAAGAUAAAAAAGUAAUAUCAAGAAUGAGUAGAAUUAGAAGAAGUAAUAUCAAGAAUGAGCAGAAUUAGAAAAAGUAAUGUCAAGAAUGAGUAGAAAAAUUAAAAAGUAAUGUCAAGAAUGAGUAGAAAAAGAAAAAAAAAGUAACUUCAAGAAUGAGUAGAAAAAGAAAAAAUAAUGUCACGAAUGUUAGUAAUGUUUGGGAAAUCUUAGUAAAAACAAAUGCAAAAGAAGCUACCGUAUCAUGCUUAUAAAUGCGUGAAUUAAAAACAAAGGAAAUCCGUCACUGUGCUCGAGUCGGAAGCAAGAAAAUUCACGGCCAAGAGACAUUGGUUAGAAACAUUCAUAACGGAAAGCAAAAAAGUCGUGGAUGAAAUUAGAAACAAUGCGGAAAUAUGAUACAAAACACGCGAUAAUCCUACAGAAAGAAGACCCCAAGAUUCGGUGUUUAUAAAUGCUUGAUAUGAAAAAUUAUAAUGAAAAAAAAAAGAAGCAAACAGUCCAGAUAGAAUAACAAAGGCAGCUGUGAAAGAGCGAAACCUUAUCACUUGUCUCUUACUUUUGACACGAAUACUAUAACCUGACGUGAGAAAAUAAUCCUCCUGUACUAAUAUGAUAACAGCGUCCAUUAAAAAAACAAACAAAAUCUUCCUCUCCAACGCAUAGAUUAGCUGAUUACCCCAUUUGCUUUUAGAUAAACAAUCAUGCGGUUUGACUUGUUUUUCGUACGCCAUAAUUGAAUAUAUUUACGCCAUAAUAGUUACUUAAUGCUUUCUGGAGUCGUAAUUGGAGAGAGAGAGAGAGAGAGAGAGAGAGAGAGAGAGAGAGAGAGAGAGAGAGAGAGAUGAAUUGUCGAGUCUCUAACGCAUUUCAAGUCUUGUACGGAAAGAGACGGAAGAAAAUGUUUGAAUAGGAAAGUAAGAGACCCGCGUAUUAUUAAUUUAUCUCGUGUUCACUUUUAAGGUAGUGUUGUAAGUGUUACCAGAUGAUUCAAGGAUGAUAUGUUGACCCUUAACUUAACAGACAUGCAUGGAAAACAUUAUUAUUAUUAUUAUUAUUAUUAUCAUUAUCAUUAUUAUUAUUAUUAUUAUUAUUAUUAUUAUUAUUAUUAUUAUGAACGUGUGUUUUGCUAGGGUUGUGAAUGUUACCAGAUAAAACUAAAAGGGCGAGAUCGAGGAUAGGCUACAUAUUUAUAUUUUCUUUAUUGUAUUUAUGCCCAAAAUUUCUGAAGAUUGUAUAUAAAACGCAUAAAAAGCCCAGUGUUGUUAUUGUUCUAUUGAAGCAUCGAAAUACAAAUGGUCCAGAUGAAUUAUAGCUUUAAGAAUAGGCUGCUGAUGCUGUUUACUUGGGUUUAAUGCAGAUUAGGAAGAUACAUGGUUUGAUUUUGCUUUUUUUAUCAUUGAAGGUUUAUAUAUUUAUUUUUCUUGUCUUGGGAAUUUCAUGUUUCCUCUUUAUUUGCAUUCUUUUUAUAUAUAUUUUUAAUUUAUUGUUUUUCUUUAUGAUUGUCUUUUUCAACGUGAGGGAAGGUCAUGUUUUCCUUUUAUUUCCUCCUAUUUUAAUAUAUUUUUGUGAUCAUUUUUAUUUUCAUUUUUUAAUUUUUUACUGUUGUCUUGUUUCUAAAGGUGUGGCAAGUUCACGUUUUCUCUUUAUUUACUUUUUUUUUUCAUAUAUUUUGGUGAUUAUUUUUUGUUCUGUUUUAUUUCUUACCAUUGUUCUACUUUUAAGGGUGAGGCAAGUUCAUGUUUUCUCUAUUUACUUCUUUUUCAUAUUUUUUUCUUUAUAUUUUGUCUUGUUUGGGAAGUGAGGCGUGUUAUCAGGUGAGAGCGUGUGACUGCUUCAUUAGGACAGACAGACAGGUAAUUAAGGGGCUAUUACACUGGGCAAAUUUUCCGUGGAUCUUCAGUCAAACCACGAUUUCCGCUGGCGUGGUUCUCAUAUUUCCGUGGUUUUCUGACGUGUCCACGAUCUUCCAAAGCUACGGGAGAUUUCACCGAAGGACGACGAAAUUACUCACCAUCAUCAUCAGCACUCAGCAGCAAUAACAAGAAACAAAUGAGAACCACGCUAGCAGAAAUCGUGGUUUGACUGAAGAUCCACGGAAAAUUUGCCCAGUGUAAUAGCCCCUUUAUAAGAUGAGGAGCUCCGUAACAAACCUUCCUCUUCGCCUCUCAAGUAUUAAUUCGUAUUUAUCCGUAGAGUUGUGGAAGGGAGCGUAGCUAAGUAACGUCUUAAUAUAUUUUGUUUUAAUCUUCUUUUUACAACUCUCCCCUUGACUGAACUGAGUUUGGGAAAUGGUUCGUGUCUUCAUACAUUUUCCUUUCAUUAUUGUGUUCACGUCCGUUGCACACCAUAACUUUUUUUUUCCUCAUUGUAAUUAUCAUCUGUGAAGGGCAGUUUUCUACUCGGGAAUUUUGUCGUGCUAAGUAUCAAUAUAUUCUUUUCCUUACAUUUUCUGGUCUUUGCUAAUAGGAGAUUCAAACUCCUUAAUUUUGUACUCCAUAUAAAGGAAUCUAAUAGUCCUCCAGAUACCCUUGUUAGUGUGUUAAGAUAUGUAUAAGAGUAUCAAUAUAUUCUUCUCUUCCCGUUCUCUGGUGUGGGUAUUACGAGUGAUGCAUCUCUUAAUAGUGUUCGUAUAAAGAAAAUAUUUAAUAGUCACCCAGAAACCCACGUCAGAGAAUGAUUUAGUAAAAGUAUACCAAUAAAUUCUCCUCCUUCCGUUCUCUGGCGUGAGGAUUAUGGGUGAUGUAGACUCCUAAAUUUUGUUCUCCUCAUAAAAGAAAGAUAUUAAUAGUCACCCGAAAGCCCACGUCAAAGAAUGGCAAAGUAGGAGAAUAUCUGUACUUGGCAUUGUUAUCCCGUAAGAAAACUGCCCAAUUGUAACGUCUGGCUUUUUAUCUCAUGUUUACCAUUGACUUAUUUUACGCACCUCUUAUGUACUCAUUCACAUUCGAUCAUCGCUGCUGUUUUCUUUAUUUUUUAAUCAUCACAUGCAAAAUUAAUCCUUUCAGUCUUGUUUUAUUUCCGGGGAGGUCAUGAUAGUGGCUUGAAUCGAUCGCUAAUGUCCUGAGUAUCCUGUAAUUACGGCGUCCCGCUAAUCUUACAGUGUUAAUAGAGAAAAAGAGAGAGAGAAAGAGAGAUUUAUAUAUUUAUGUAUGUAGUAAAUAAAACCAUGUGUCCAAAUUUAUAAACAAUUUUAGUCU